UCAAAAGGAGCCAUUAGCACAUGGGACGGGGGAUCAGUGAGCAGCAGAAGCAAGUCAAGGAGACACCAUGCUGGAAGACAAGAACACCAAAGUCAGGAUCGCCUUCUUUGUCAUCCUGGUGGGCAUUUCGUCCAUGUUUGCCGCCGUCGUGACCGACCACUGGGCCGUCCUGAGCCCACGGGUAGAAAAACUCAACACCACAUGUGACGCUGCCCACUUUGGGCUCUGGAGGCUCUGCACGAAACGGAUCUACAUCCAGGAGCCGGACCCCAAAGGAAAAGGCUGCGGGCCCAUCAGCCUUCCGGGAGAACACAACUGCUCCUACUUCAAGCAUUUCACCUCCGGAGAAGACGCAAAGCUGUUUGAAGUCAAAACCCAGAAAGAAUACAGCAUAUCAGCCGCAGCAAUUGCCAUCAUUGGCGUAGGAUUUAUGAUCCUAGGAACAAUCAGCAUUCUAAUCUCCUUCCGUAAAGGCAUGGACUACCUCCUGAAACCAGCUGGCAUGUUCUUUACGUUUGCAGGCCUCUGCAUAAUCAUUUCUGUGGAGGUGAUGCGCCAGUCAGUGAAGAGGAUGAUCGACAGCGAGGAGACCACAUGGAUCGAGUACUAUUACUCAUGGUCCUUCGCAUGCGCCUGUGCUGCCUUCGUCCUGCUCUUCCUUAGUGGAAUCGCUGUAUUGCUCAUCUCUAUGCCCCAGAUGCCCCGAAACCCCUGGGAGACAUGUAUGGAUGCAGAACCAGAAACCCAGGAGUAGUAACAGGAUGGGGGGAGGGGAGUGACCUUCAGUAAGAAAGAGCACAGAUGUCCAGUGCUUCUACAAGGCUACAGCUCCCAUAUCAUCAAUAGACUCUUUUGUUGUUUUUGAAUGAUGUGUUUCACAUGGAAAAAAGUUCUUCUGUCCAAAUAAGGGUCAGUGUGGACAGGAGGCCAAUGUACACGGCUCCGAAGUGAAACGUUCCCCUGCUCUGAAGCUUGAAAGCCUCCACAUCUUCCCUUCUCCAUUCAGUGACUUGCAUCACACGCACACACAGGCAAACAAACAGGCACAAAGCUCAGCAGGACUCUGGGGUGCCGCCAGGAUUCAGCACACUGUCUCUCCAGUUUGGAUGUUGGGCUCUUUUCUUUUAUAAUAUA